AUACUUAAAGCAGAAAUAUGUAGGUUAGGUUUAGAAAGAGACACAUGGCCACAACAUACUUUAAAACAACCCAGCGUUAACUUGUUCUGUCACCCAUUCACUACCCAACCUGUCUCUUUCUGUGCAUUGGUCACAUGGUCCCAGCCUUCCCAAAUGGGAUAAACACAAAUUACUGGCUCAUGAUAACAUGGGAUAUAUACGAAUGUUGGUGCAAUUCUUUUUGUAGGUAUAUGUACAAACAGUGUAUUAGAACAACCUGCAUAUAAACUCUGACUGUCACAGAUUAAAUGACUGCCUGAGGAUUAGAAAGUAUAGUUUUCCUUAAAUCUUGUCAUCCAUCUUUCCUCAGGCUCAGCCGUGUCCUGGUGGCUCGGCCUUGUGUUGGCCACUCUUCACCUCUGGUACCUCAGUCUGUAUCGUAUCCAGAGGACUCAGAACCUUUUCAUCAGGAGGCUGUAUGAAGGAGGAUUUUUAGAGCAGUCCCUGCUUCUAAACACUCGAUUCGACAUCCAGACGACUGCAAAACGGAAACAGUAAGUGUGGGUUCUGUGUGUGUAUGUGUAGGGAAGAUCAGGAAUGCCCUACGCGUCACAUAAAGACAGAUGAACAGAAAGCAUGUCAGAAAAAUCCCUCCGAACAUACUUAGGUCACUUUUUCAUGGUGGAGUUACAUAAGUGUCAGGGUUAGGAUUGGCUAUGUGUUGUUUGGUUGGUGUGAGGUAUCAAAAAUGCCAAUCUUAUCUUUUCCAGAUUCCAACCACUAGACCCAGUGAAGGUGUUCCUAUGUGCAACCAUGUGGCAUGAAACCUACGAUGAGAUGAUGAAGAUCAUCAUUUCAAUAUUCCGACUGGAUGAAUACAGGCCAAAGACUGAAGGAGAAACAAAUGAUGUGAAUUUUGAAGCCCAUAUCUACUUCGACGAUGCCUUCAGAAAUGUUCCCGGUAGUCAGGGGCGCCACGUCAACACAUACGCAGAGAUGCUUGUGGGAAUUAUCAGAGAAGUCUACGGCAUCUUCUUAAACAUAGAUAAAAGCCUCUUCAAAAAUCAGCAGCAGAUCCCUGAUCAGAAGGUCAUCAGGACGCCAUACGGAGGGCGUCUGGCGGUCACCAUGCCUCAUGGAAACAGUUUGGUGGUCCACUUUAAGGACAAGCAACUCAUUCGUCACAAGAAGAGAUGGUCUCAGGUGGGGGAAAAUGAUGCAACACAGUGUAAAUAGUUUGUAACAUUUAAGUGUCAAAUCAUAUAAGGUCAUUGCCAUUCCUUUACUGCGUCUGCUUGCUGAUUACUAUUUGAUAUUUUACAGGUUAUGUACUUGUACUCUCUCCUGGGCUGGAAAGUUGGAGCCAAGUAUUAUAAAAGGUGGAUGAAAGGAGAGGACAAGGUUGAGCUGAAAAAAGAGCUUCAGGUGAGAUUAGGGAAAACACGUGGAUGCACACACACAUGAACCAGUGCACACAUUACAUCAUCUUACUAUAUAAUGAAUGACGAAAAGAGGCUCAUGGGAGGAUGGGAA